CAACAACACCCUCGCCACUCGCCACCGCAAUGGACGCCGGCACGCGCAAGCGGGUACGCUCCGCGUCUCUGUCGUCGAGUGACGGCGGCAUGUCGGACGGCGACGGCGGCGGCGAGCACAGCGACAACGACCAGCACGACCACCACGACGUCCCAGCACCCAAGCUCUACCGCCUGCCCGAGGGCGCCAAGCCCUACCUGUGCACGAUGGCCCCGACGUGCUCGCAGCCCGGCACGGCGCAGGCGUUCGCGAGCGCCGCCGAGCUCGACGCGCACCAGGCGGCCUUCCACCGCUGGGUGUGCCGCGUGCCGGUGCGUGAGAAGCCUGGCCGCGUGCCCGAGGGCGACGCGGUGCUCGUCGUCCCCGAGCAGUUUGCGGGCCGGUCGCCGAUCGGGAGCAGGGGGCACAAGUGGCGCGAGUGCGGCAAGGUGUUUCCCGACGAGCGGCUGCUCGACCUGCACUAUACCGAGACGCACGAUACCAUUGCCAAGCAGAGACAGGAGCGCGGCGAGAAGAUUUUCGAGUGCUUCCUCCCGCCGGAGCAGUGUGGCAAGGCAUUCCUCACGCCCAAGAAGCGCAGGCUGCACCUCGUCGAGAAGCAUUACUAUCCCGUGACCUACUUUUUCUCCAUUGUCAACCACGGUAUGAACCAGAUUGCACGCACCGACGGCCCGGCGGCAAGCCUGAUCCGCCCACGGCGCGACCCGCCGCCAGAGGACGCGCCGCCCAAAUCGCCGACAAGAUCACGCGCACACUCCAACAUUGGCCCGCCGGCGCGCCCGCCGCCCGACGCCGUCGAUAUCGACAUGGACGGGCUCGCGUCCAAAAUGGCCAGUCUGGAAAGCUCGCUCUCGUUCGUGCCCCGCGCCGUUGGGAGCCGGCGCCGCGCGCGCGCCACCGACCUGGGGUGACCAGCCAAGCUAGCUAGGCACCUGGCCUACCUGGUCGCUUCGCUCCACUGCAACUACUACUAGCACACCUGCCUCUUUGCACCACGCAUCCAUUGUGUAAUAAUCAAACUCGCCGUCGUCUCGCAAUCAGCGCUACGGUAGCGCUGCAGUCCGCCGGAACUAGCCGAGAUAUUUCGCUGCUGGCUCCGUUCUCACUCCACCACGCAUGCCUAAUCGAGUCACUCACUCCCAGGGAGGGCGAGCGACAGACGGCGCGACCAGCCAGGGCACUUCAUAUAAGUUGCUCGCUUCGAUCGACAGGCAUACGCGUCACGUCGAAACGGGCCCAUGUGGCGAAUACUGCGAAUGUAUUUGAGUGCAAAUUGUG